AUGGAAAUCGUGACGUGUAAAGCACCUGUUAAUAUAGCCGCUAUUAAAUACUGGGGUAAAAGAGAUGAAACUUUAAUAUUACCAUUAAACGAUUCAAUAAGCGUUACCAUUAAUACUAAUUUUAUGAGAGCUAAAACUACAAUUGCAGCAAGUCCACAUUUUAAAAAUGAUAGAAUUUGGUUAAAUGGCAGAGAAGAAGAUUUUACAAAUCCAAGACUCAUGGCAUGUGUCAAUGAAAGUAAGUAUCGACAACAUUCGAAUAUCAAAUCGAUGCAAGGUAAUGCAAUAAUAAUAGAGAAAGCUGCAAAUUGGAAAAUUCACAUAGCGUCGGAAAACAAUUUUCCAACGGCUGCAGGUUUGGCAUCGUCAGCAGCGGGUUACGCAUGUCUCGUAUACGCACUAUCGCGAUUGAUGGGAAUCGACGGGGAUUUGUCUUCGAUAGCGCGUAAGGGAUCGGGAAGCGCUUGUCGGAGCAUGCACGGAGGUUUCGUCAUGUGGAAAAUGGGAAAAGAAAAAGACGGUUCGGAUUCCGUCGCGGAACAAAUCGCACCGUCAUCACACUGGAAAGAAAUGAGAAUGUUGAUAUUGAUUGUUAACGGUUGUAAAAAAACAAUCGGAAGUUCCGCCGGCAUGGAGAGAAGCGUGAAAACGAGCGAUUUUUUAAAAAAUUUUCAACUCGAUCAAAGAGUGUCCGCGUUGAGAAAAGCCAUUUUAAAUAAGGAUUUCGUCACUUUCGCCGAAAUAACGAUGAAAGAUAGCAAUCGUUUACAUUCCAUAUGUUUGGACACGUAUCCUCCGAUACAAUAUUUAAACGACACGUCGCACUACAUAAUACAACUCGUCCAUUUUCUCAACGAUCAUUUUGGUAAACCCAAAGUCGCAUAUUCCUAUGACGCGGGUCCAAACGCGUGCCUUUUUCUCCUCGAAGAAAACGUUUCACUCGUUUUAUCUCUCGUCAAUCAUUAUUUACCGCCUUUACUCGCGGAGACAAACACCGUAGAAUCUUCUUAUUUCAAAGGAUACAAAGUCGAAGGAGGAUUGGAACGUUCUCCACCUCCCCCUGAUGUACUCAAAGCUAUACCAUUGACUCCUUUGGCACCCGGUGCUCUCAAAGGUAUCAUUUACGUCGACGUCGGCGAUGGUCCGCAAAUCCUGGGAAAAGAAGAACAUCUUCUCGACGAUAACGGUUUACCCAUUACUUCUUGA